AUGCGUUGGGUGAAUGAAGAAGCACUCUAUGGGGUGGACGGGUGCGCGGAAGAUCCACAUGACAUCGUUGUUCACAGCUGA